AUGGCAUCAUCUCUCCCUGCCAUUUUCUCGACCUUAAAUUAUCCAAAUGUCAAAAUUCCAUCGACCCCGUUUCAAGUUUCUUCUUCUUCCUUGAAAUCCCAUAAAGAUUUCCCCCAAUUUAACAUCUCGCAAAGGGAUUUUGUCAAUGGACUUUCCUUAAUGCCGUUACUCCCAUAUUUAGCAGCUCCACCGUCUGAAGCUCGCCAAGUGGAAGUGGGUUCUUAUCUCCCUCCUUCCCCGACUGACCCUUCUUUCGUUGUCUUUCAAGCCACUCCCAAGGACACUCCUGCCCUUCGCGCAGGUCCCGCACAGUGUCAAUACUUGAAAACAAAGGAGCAUGCAGUCACUCGUGGCCAUUCAAAGGUUGCAAUUGCCCGCUGCUUGAGUGCUGGACCACCAGAUGCACCGGCUUCACGAGAUGGAUCUAUGCUUGCUUCUAUAAGCCGCAGGGGUGUGCUAGGGAUGGCUAUUGGCUUCUCAAAUAUUUUAUUACUUCCAGUGUUUACUGAAGCAGCUGGAUUACCUCCAGAAGAGAAACCAAAGCUUUGCGAUGAAGAUUGUGAGAAGGAGCUUGAAAAUGUACCAAUGGUAACUACUGAGUCAGGUUUGCAGUACAAAGAUAUCAAAGUUGGUGGCGGUCCUAGUCCCCCUAUUGGCUUUCAGGUGGCUGCGAACUACAUUGCCAUGGUUCCAUCUGGGCAGAUAUUUGAUAGUUCACUGGAGAAAGGCCAACCAUACAUAUUCCGCGUAGGUGCUGGUCAGGUGAUCAAGGGAUUAGACGAAGGCAUCUUGACAAUGAAAGUUGGUGGCAAGCGAAGACUAUACAUACCAGGAUCAUUGGCAUUUCCUAAAGGUCUAACUUCUGCUCCCGGAAGACCAAGAGUGGCUCCAAAUAGCCCAGUUAUAUUCGACGUGAGUUUGGAGUACAUACCAGGCCUUGAGGUAGACGAAGAAUGA